UGUGGCAGCCAUAUAGGAGGAACUGUUUCUUCAGAUUGCGGUAUCCACGAACGUCUUCAAUUCAGGAUCCUUCCACGCAUGUGCGAAUGUCCUCUUCAUCACCGAACCCGUCUAUAAUCAGAGAAGCAUUAGUUUGUGGUCAAUGAUCAUCGAAAAACGGCCGCGCCUGAACAGUCUCCGCCAUUUUCUUCUCUCUGAACACGGUAGCAGUCUCGCGUUCCUUUGUUCUUUUCUGGUGGAUGAAGGUGUUUGAAAGACUCUAAACAGCAGUUGACUGUCAAAUAAACGUGAGACGGAACGAAAGAUAAUCCUGACGGAGAUGGAGACCGAGAGAGCAGAACUGGGACGCAAGAGGGACCAGCCACAGAAUAAUGCUGGAACCUCCGCAGAAGGAACAAAACGGAGGUGCUACACGGGACACAUUAAAUCAGAACCAGCUGGCGACUUGGAUGCACCUCUCCACCCUGACCACCAGAGGUCCUCGUGUUCUGACUCAGACACUGAUGACAGUGAGGACUGGAAAGAGACCUGUAACACCCAGUCGAAUUCCAGCUCUGUUGAGAAUCCAAACGUUGAUGUCAGAGAGGAGAUUGAUAAUGGUGAUCACAAAUCACUGAUCUGCUCUGGAUGCGGGAAGAUGUGCCUGUCAAAGACUGAACUGACAAAACACAAGAAGUCCUGCAGUGGACAUUUGACUUGUUUUCUUUGUGGGAACCGUUUUGAAACAAGACGUAAGCUGUGGAACCACAUGAGAAUUCAUUCAGGAGGAAAACCUUUCAUCUGCUCUCACUGUCAAAAAUGCUUUUCACGGAAAGGUACCUUGAAGAGGCACAUGAGAAUUCACACUGGAGAAAAACCUUUUAUCUGCUCCGAGUGUAGAGAAUGCUUUACACUAGCGGACACUCUCAUGAAGCACAUGAGAGUUCAUACUCGAGAAAAGCCUUUUAAAUGCUCUCUGUGUGGUAAACAUUUUUCUCAGUCAGUCACCCUGAAAAGGCACAUGAAAGUUCACACGGGACAAAAACCUUUCAUCUGCUCCCAGUGCGGAAAACGUUUUUCAGAGAAAGGCACCCUAAAUAAUCACAUGAGAGUUCACACUGGUGAAAAACCUGUCAGCUGCUCCCAGUGUGGGAAAGGUUUUUCACAGAAAAGCUCCCUAAACGAUCACAUGAGAGUUCACACUGGAGAAAAACCUUUCAUGUGCUCCCAGUGUGGAAAAUGUUUUUCACAGAGAAGCACCCUAAACGACCACGUGAGAGUUCACACUGGCGAAAAAUCUUUCAUCUGCUCCCAGUGUGGUAAAUGUUUUGCUGUGAAAGGGAGCCUGAAACGACACAUGAAAACUCACAUUCACAGUCUUCUGUCACCUAAAAAGGGCUUAAGUCAAACCAUCACCUGAAGAAUCAUGUGACUGUUCAUUUGGAAUGUGACAAAAAUGUUUCAUGUCACGAGACAUUCUCAUAUCAAUGGUACAGAAAGAAGUGUUGUUGUUUUAUGUUUAAAUCUUUAUUUAUUCUUUUUUCCCAUUUUGGGGACCCCAUCAAUGAGCACUGGGCUGUGGGCCUCAAACAACUCCAGCGUUCACUUAUUAAGGUCAUUGUUAUUCUACAGUAUACAGUUGAUGCUCAGUGUUUGUCUGUCUUCCUUUAUUCCUUCAUUGAGCAGUUUUGAAAACUGAAUGUUAAACUCUUAUCAAUUCUCAUCCCUACUUCCAGGGUUGUUCCAGCAGGAUUUUGUGUCCCUUUAUUAGAAAUGUUAAAAAAAAAGUGAAAAGAAAAAUGUUAAGAGAAAAGUUAACUCUAACCUCCACCUGAAUUAGGUACAUGUGACGGGCUCCCUGUCUCACUCCCUCUUGUGUGAGGUCCUUAACAUUUGCACUCUGUUCAGGUCAAUAAUGAUAUUGUAUAAUUAUGAUCAUAUAUUGAAGACUUAAGUCUUAAUGAACGUAGUCAAUGCUUACGCUCCACAGGUAGAUUGUUAUGAGGAGAAACAGAAAUGCUGGAGCUGUCUGUAGGAAUACAUGCAAAGCUCAGGUUAAACCACUGAGGUACACCCUCUUUCCCCAGAAUUUAAUCUGCCCACUUUCCAGUAUGUUAUUUUUUCAGUCAGUUUGUGGACCCAGUGAUGAAGUUAAAUUGGACACAUUCCUCAUAGCGACUGUGAUCUCCUGAACCUCGAUAUCCUUCAGAUAUCAUCUACAGGAAACAAUGCAGGAAAAUUAUAUAUAUAUGUGUGUGUGUGUGUGUGUGUGUGUGUGUGUGUGUGUGUGUGUGUGUGUGUAAAGACACAUUUCAUUUUUCUGUCUUAGUGAUGUGGAGCGCAUGUUCAAAUAUACGUCGUCGCUCUGAAUGCGACUCUCAGAGUCUGUCCGUUUUCGCGCCACAAUUCGCCAUCUUGUGUACUUACCGGCAUGAAUGCAUGAGUAAAGAAUAAUAAUGAUUAUAGCUGUGAUCUGAAUAACUAUGUUGUUUUUGUUUAUUUCAUUUAACUUUGUUUUCCUGUCCAUGUCUGUACUUGUGAUAUUUUCAUUAAUAUUGUAAAAUAUUACUCUUCAUGUGUCAGAAUAAAGUGGA